AUGGCGUCCUCAGCUACUGGUGAACAGCCCUCGAGGAGCUCUAAGUAUGCUCACGGAGCCCUGAUCCCGGAUGUUGAGAAACAUGGAGAGAACCCAGUUAUCAUCCGACUGAGUGACGACGAGUUCCGCUCAGGAGUGACUAAGUUGGAUACGAUACAAGAAUGUCUCGGGUACUUUCAUCGAGACGGCUUCGUGGUCAUGGAAAAUGCCAUCGACGAAAGCCUGGUUGAUCGCCUCUACCAGCGAAUGGUUCACGACAACAAAGAGUUUUUGAAGAAAAAGCACAUGCACUGGAACCAAGGUGCCUCGACUGGAAAUGUUAGCCAGAUCCCUCCGCUGACGCCAGAAUGGCUUGGUCGGGAUUUCUACGUGAAUCCGCACAUGAUCCGAGUGGUGGAAAACCUUCUCGGCCCUAAACCUGAGCUUCGCUUCAUCAACAGCAACGUGGCCUGUCCGGGCGGUACCGGCCGUCAAGCAGUUCACAGCGACGUGAAUCAUGCAUAUCCUGAAACCCCAUUUGGGAUCGUCAUCAACAUCUAUCUCCAGGACUCGGAUGUCGAGAAUGGAGUCACAGAAAGGGAGCAGCAGGCCACGCCGACCAAAGGGUGGAUCAAGAAGGAGUUCCUGCAGAAGCGAGCAAAGGUCAAACCUCCUGCGCAGCCAAAAGUGAAAAAAGGCAGUAUCUGUUUCCGGGAUCUGCGACUGUGGCACACCGGGAUGCCAGACAAGAGUGAUCGCCACCGCAUCAUGUUGGCGGUGGAUUAUUUUGCUCAUUGGUACCAAUGUCCCAUGACAACCAAGUUGCCGCUAUCAAUGAAGGGAAAAGUCGAAAGAGAGUGGAAGCGGAUAUCGACCAAGGGAGUGGAGUGGGUGGAAGGAGACCUGAACAGCUUGGAUGUGCCAUUCUACCUGAACAUGACACAGGAUCCGUCGCAGUGCUUGCUUCAAACCGAGAACGGCUUUCAAGACCCCGUCGGACGACAAACGGGGAAGUACGUCUUUGAUACUGCCAAAGUGACUGAAGAGAAUUAUUGGACUCCUGGGUGA